UAUAUCAGAAUAACUGAUAUCUGAUAAUUGUUUAUUUCAGCUGGUUCAUUGAAAGAAUUUGGACGAUUGCUAUCGGCAAUAGAAGAUGAAAGAGACAGAAUGUUGGAACAUUCCCAAGUGUGCUUCAUUGAUCCUAUAGAAUCUUUUCGUAAAGAACAAAUUGGAGGAGCAAAAGAAGUGAAAAAGAAAUUUGAUAAAGAAACCACAAAGUUUUGUCAGUCAAUGGAACGUCACUUAAAUCUUUCAACUAAAAAAACAGAAAGUCAGUUACAAGAAGCAGAUGCUAGUUUGGAAUUAGAGCAAAGACAUUUUUUUCAAGCAUCUCUUGAUUAUAUUAUAUUAUUACAAGAAGUGCAAGAAAGAAAGAAGUUUGAAUUUGUUGAAACACUUUUGAGUUUCAUGUAUGGAUGGCUAACAUUUUAUCAUCAAGGUCAUGAAGUUGCAAAAGAUUUUAAAUCAUAUUUAACAGAUUUACAAAUUAGAUUACAAAGGACAAGAGAGAACUUUGUAGCAACUCAUGAUGAAGCAGAACAGUUAAAACAAAAAAUGCUUGAGGUAAAUUAUUCUUUACAAAUACAAAGAAUACUUUAUUGUAUAAAAGAUGGAAUAAUUUUUAGAAAUAUUUAUCAUCAGCUUGGAAAANAAUAA